GUGGUCGCCGGGAUAUCAAGAUGGCGGCGCCCAGGAGCUGUGUUCUAUGGCGCUCCUGCGGCCGCGGGUGGUCGCGAGCUACAGGAGACUGCAGGCUCCCUAGUUUUCGUAUAUCCUGGCCGUGGGCCACGCUGAGUGCGCGGUCCUUGUCUCAAGAGAAGCGAGCCGCGGAAACGCACUUCGGGUUUGAGACUGUGUCGGAAGAGGAGAAAGGAGGCAAAGUCUACCAGGUGUUUGAGAGUGUGGCCAAGAAGUAUGACCUGAUGAACGAUAUGAUGAGUCUGGGCAUCCACCGUGCAUGGAAGGAUGUGCUCAUCAGGAAAAUGCACCCGCCGCCGGGGACCCAGCUGCUCGACGUGGCUGGAGGCACGGGCGACAUUGCGUUCCGGUUCCUUCGUUACGUCCAGGCACAGCAUCAGAGGAGAGAGAGGAGGCAGCUGAGGGCUCAGCAGAAUUUAUCCUGGGAAGAAAUUGCCAAAAAGUACCAGAAUAAAGAGGAUCCCCUGGGAGGUUCGCUUGUCAUGGUCUGUGACAUCAACAGGGAGAUGCUAAAGGUUGGAAAGAAGAGAGCCAUGGACCAGGGAUUCACAGCUGGACUUGCGUGGGUGCUGGGAGACGCAGAGGAACUGCCCUUUGAUGACGACAGAUUUGACGUUUACACCAUUGCGUUUGGGAUCCGGAAUGUCACGCACAUUGACCGGAAGAGGUCUCACUCUGCAGCCCUGCCUGGCCUCAAACUCACCAUCCAGAUCACCUGCUUCCGGCUCCAGACUGCUGCAUCCAAAGCUCGCAGUGCUUGCGUGAGCCCUUGUCUCAACAAGACAGAGGAAAAGCAGUCUUCAUCCGUUGCUUCUUGGCUCUGAGGCCAGCAGUUUGCUCUGCUGUGUAGACCAGUCCUGUGUGUCUUCACCAGAGUGAGCGUGAAGGUCCAGCCUGUCAGCCCCGCGGCCUGCAAGACUGCAAGCUAAAACAACCUUUCUCGUUAAGUUACUGUGCAGCAGUGUGUUGCGGCACAGGGCGGCCAGCAUCGCACUCUGUAGCUCCGGUUUUUAUGGCCUUCCCGCAUCAGUAGACAGUUCAUUAAUCGUUCUGACUGAAACAUGUCUUUGCCAUUUGUGGCGGCUUACACCUGUGAUCCAGCACUUGGGAGGCAGAAGCAGAAGGAUCAUUUCAAGUUCAAGGCCACAGGGGUCCCUGUGAUGACUUCUCUGCCCACAGCCAGGGACAGGGACAAGGCUGUCUCUCAAAAACAAAAAAGGAUGAUGAAAUUGAAAUACCUUUUGAGUAGGAUCAAAGUUGAAGAAUGUGUCAGUGAGAACUUCCUUCCCACCCUGGCCUCCAGCUGCUCUGUGGCGUGCCCACAUGAUCCCCGUUCCUGUGUAUCUUUGUAGAGAUGCUUCCUGCCUGUUACAUGUGCCUGUUAGUCAGGUGUGGUGCCAUAUGCCUUAGUCCCAGUGCUUGGGAGGGAGGGGUAGUGAGAUGGCUCCUAGUUACGUGACUGCCACACAAGCAGAAGGGCCAGCCAGAUGUGAAGUGGCCCAGCCUGGCCUCCAUCUCAAGUUUCUUUUCCUUCCCUAAGGGCUGUGGAUGCAGUUCUGUGCCGUGUGUGUGUGUGUGUGUGUGUGUGUGUGUGUGUGUGUGUGUGUAUGUGUAUGUUUGUUUCUGUGUCUUGUGGAUCUCUGUGAAUGUGAGAGAGAUUGUGUCUGUCUCUGUAUGUGAGUGUGUGGGUGUGAUUGUGUGUGGUUGUGUUAGUAUAUGUAUGAGUGAGUGUGCCUGGGUGUGGAUGUGAGUGUGUGGGUGUGAUUGUGUGUGGUUGUGUUAGUAUAUGUAUGAGUUAGUGUGCCUGGGUGUGGAUGUGAGUGUGUGGGUGUGAUUGUGUGUGGUUGUGUUAGUAUAUGUAUGAGUGAGUGUGCCUGGGUGUGGAUGUGAGUGUGUGGGUGUGAUUGUGUGUGGUUGUGUUAGUAUAUGUAUGAGUGAGUGUGCCUGGGUGUGGAUGUGAGUGUGUGGGUGUGAUUAUGUAUGGUUGUGUUAGUAUAUGUAUGAGUGAGUGUGCCUGUAUGUGGAUGUGAUUGUGUGGAUGUGAUUGUGUGUGGUCGUGAGUGUUAGUAUAUGUAUGAGUGUGUCUCUCUGUAUGUGAGUGUAUGGGUGUGAUUGUGUGUAGUUGUGUUAGUAUAUGUAUGAGUGAGUGUGCCUGUGUGUGGAUGUGAUUGUGUGUGGUUGUGUUAGUAUAUGUAUGAGUGAGUGUGUCUUUGUGUUUGUGUGUGUUUCUCUACAUGUGAGUGUGCGGGUGUGGUUGUGGCAGGGUGGAGAAAAAGAUGUGGGGCACACAGGAUAACUGUUUCUUGGGCCCCAGGGAUCCAACUGAAGGUGGCCGGCCUUGCGCCUUUCAUGAUUGGUCAUCUGACUCACUGCCCCCUCCACCUUAUCUUUAAGACAGGUCUGUCACUUAACCAGGUCACCCACUGCUUUCAGCCUAGCCAGCUGCCAGUGAGCCCCAAGAAUCCCCCUGUCUCUGCUUCGCCUGCUAGCUCCUGGAGGAGCCAACCGUAGAUCCUUAAGACUGUAAGCAUACUUCCUACUGAGCCACCUCCAGGUCCUCAUUCCCUUCCUUUUUAAUGGGAAUAUUGUCAUGCUGAACAUUUCCCCCAUCAUUCUGCUUUUGCUUUUUUGAAAUGGGAUCUCAUGUGCCCAAAGCAUGUUCACAUUCAAUAAGCAGCUGACGCUGGCCCUGCUCACCUGCUGCUCUGGUUUCCAGAGUGCCGGGCCUAUGGCGUGACUCCUCACACCGGUGCCCAGUGCCGGGCCUAUAGCGUGGCUCCUCACACCCAGUUCAUUGCAAUUUUUAACUUUAAAAUCUGGUCAGGAGGCAAGACAGGCAGAGCUCUGAGUUUGAUGCUCAGUUGGUCUACAGUGAGUUCUAGGCCAGCCAGGGCUGCAUAGUGAGACCUUGUCUCAAAAUAACUAUAUACUGAGGGAAAAGCCAGAUGUGUGCUGGGACUUCAGCUGAGCGGUAGAAUAUUUGUCUGGCAUGUGCAAGGCCCUGAGUUUAGUCUCCAGCAUCUAAAGAAACACGCACACACGCACGCAAACCAGUGAUUGUGUAUGUCUGUGUGCUUAAGAUUAAACUCAGGACUUUUAUACGUGUUCAGUAACAAUCUCAUUAAGUUAACCUGGCCUUAAACUUACAAUCCUCUGUGCUCAGUCUCCCAAGCACCUGGGGUUAGAGGCCUGGGCCCUUGGUCAGGCUUAUAUGGUGAUUUUCCUCCAUGUUGUCACAUAAAGCUCUUGGCAGUAAUGGUGUACGCCUUUAAUCCUAGCACUCAGGAGGCAGAGGCAGAUGGAUCUCUGAGUUCGAAUACAGCCUGGUCUACACAGUGAGUUUCCAGACAGAUAGAGCGACACAAAGAAACCCUGUACAAAAACAAACAAAAAGAAUAAAGUGAAUUAUCAACA